UAUUUCUCUCUCAAAUUUUCAAUUUUUUUUUGUGUGUUUUUUUUAUCAAAAUUAAAAUUAAUUUUUAUUUUUUUUUCUCUCUUGAGCUCUAAAAACCGAAUUUAACAGAGAAAAAAGGACCACUUACAAAGAUCACAAACCCUAGAAAUUGUUUUGAAAAUCUUAUAUAUUUUGAUCGGGUUUGCUGAUCAAAUUUGUAGUCUUUUUUUUAUUAAUUAUUUUACAACUGUUAUACAGUUUUAACAAGCUCAAAAAGGAAGAAAGGUGUCAGUCUUUGAUCGGGUUUGGUGUUUGUUCGUAAUCCAUUUACAAUAUAAUUUGAACGAAGGGAGAUUAACUUGCUAAUAUAAGAUAGUUUGUUCAUGAUGGCCACUGCUGCUACAUGUGCAUUCUUCCCUGCUGCUAAUCAACCUCCUGAGUCUGGAGCAAAAUCGUCUGGAAAUUUAGGAGGAAGUCUUCCUGGAAGUAUAGAUACACGGGGGCUUAAUGUUAAGAAGCCUUCUUUUGGGAGCCUACAAGCUAAGGCCAAUGCACAAGCACCACCUAAGGUGAAUGGAACAAAGGUAGGCGUUAUGGAUGGCUUCAAGAACGAUGAUGAGGUGAUUUCUUCACAUCACCCAAGGACUUUUAUCAACCAGUUACCUGAUUGGAGCAUGCUCCUCGCUGCCAUCACGACAAUUUUUUUAGCUGCUGAGAAGCAAUGGAUGAUGCUUGAUUGGAAGCCUAAGCGUCCUGAUAUGCUCGCUGAUCCAUUCGGCUUAGGAAAAAUUGUGCAGGAUGGCUUUGUUUUCCGUCAAAAUUUCAGCAUCAGGUCCUAUGAAAUAGGGGCUGAUAGGACUGCGUCUAUAGAAACAAUGAUGAAUCAUUUACAGGAAACUGCUCUUAACCAUGUCAAGAGUGCUGGACUCAUGCAUGGUGGGUUUGGAUCAACUCCAGAGAUGUCCAAGAGAAAUUUGAUUUGGGUUGUUACGAAAAUGCAGGUUGUGGUGGACCGUUAUCCUACUUGGGGUGAUGUUGUUCAAGUAGACACUUGGGUAGCUGCAUCGGGGAAAAAUGGUAUGCGCAGAGAUUGGCUCCUCCGCGAUAGUAAUACUGGGGAUAUAUUGAUGAGAGCUUCCAGCCAAUGGGUGAUGAUGAAUAAGGAGACGAGGAGAUUAUCUAAAAUACCAGAUGAGGCUCGGGCUGAAAUUGAAGGUUAUUUUGUUGACUCACCUCCUGUUAUUGAUGAUGACAGCAGGAAGCUGCCAAAACUUGACGAGACAACAGCAGACUACACUCGAACUGGUUUAACUCCAAGAUGGAGUGAUUUAGAUGUCAACCAGCAUGUUAAUAAUGUCAAGUACAUUGGCUGGAUUCUUGAGAGUGCACCCAUGCAAAUACUAGAGGGUUGUGAGCUUGCUGCCAUGACUCUGGAGUACCGCAGGGAGUGCAGAAAGGACAGUGUGCUUCAGUCUCUUACCUCUGUACUCGACAAGGAAGUCGGUGACUUCACCGACUUUGGCAAUGUCGAGUGUCAACACGUCCUUCGACUUGAAAAUGGCGGAGAGGUUGUUAAGGGACGGACUGAGUGGAGGCCGAAACUUGUCAAUGGAAUAGGGACCCUAGGCGGAUUCCCAGCCGACUUCGCCUGAGCUAUCUAUACGUCACAAUCCUUUGUGAAUCCUCCAACUUGUGCUCUUUGAUCUUUAUAUAUAUAUAUAUCCCCUCUCUCUAUAUCUAUAUAUCUAUCUAUAUAUAUAUAAAAUAUAUAUGUUUCCUCCUUACCCCUUUCCCCAUUUUUUUCUUCUUUUUACCCUCUUGCCUCUUUUCUUUCCCCUUAGAUAUUAUUAGUGAAAUUAUCAGUGAUUGUAAGUAUAGUCCUUGUGUCUAAUGUCUUUAUUUCUUUUAAGCAUUAUUGCCCUAUACUCCAAGAACUUUCUUAUCUUUUGUCCCCUUCACCUUGCUGGCAAUUAAACUUGCCCCUAGAAAUGACAUUGCUGAACUUGACAGCAAAUGGAACAUUUUUUUAUUUGUGGCAAUUCUUUUCUUCAUCUGUAAUGCAUUAUAUUUGUUCUUAUUGUCAUGUGGUCCAAUCUCAUUUUUGUCAUUAA